ACGAAUAAACUUAACAUCAACUAGUUAUCUAGUUGUAAGUUUUUGACGUUCAAUGUAUAAUGUCAUAGUUAUUUGAUUUUAUUGGCAUUAUUCGUAAGUUUAAUUAGUUACUAAUAAAAAAGUUCUAAUACUCAAUGGUGUAAACAAGAAUUUUUCCAUAAAAAGAAAGGCUUCCAUCUAUUUUUUCAAUUGUAACAGCAGUGAACACAGUGAAACAAGAGGUUAUGUUCAUUCUGCUUCGACAAUUUGUAAUAUAAUAGAUAAUUUCCACGACAUUAAGUGAAAUUUUUUGAUUAAAUUUAAUUCUAUUGAUUGAGUUUUAUUUUUAAUAAAAAAAUGUCGAGAAAAACUGGUUAUGGUCCUGUUCCCGAUCGUUGGUUACAUUGCCCACGAAAGUCACUUGUUAUAAUACAGAAUAAAUUUUGUGCAUUCAAAACACCGCUGUGUUCUGGAUUUGAUAGUCAAGUACCGGAGGAAUGUCGAUUUUCCGUGAAAAUGCUAUUUGAUUCGAUGAAGAGUCAAAAAAUUAAAAUGGGCCUUUGGAUUGAUUUAACAAAUACAAAGAGAUUUUAUGAUAGAACAGAAGUCGAAGAAACUGGUUGUAGAUAUUUAAAAAUUCCCUGUAAGGGACGUGGUGAAACUCCCAAUGAGCCAACGACAAAGGCAUUUGUGGAAAUUUGCCGAAAAUUCAUUCAAACAAAUCCAUUGGAAAUGAUUGGUAUUCAUUGUACUCAUGGAUUUAAUCGCACUGGUUUUCUAAUAAUAAGUUAUUUAGUUGAAGAAUUUGGAAUGAGUGUUGACGCUGCUUUAGCUGAAUUUGCAACGGCAAGACCGCCAGGUAUUUAUAAAUAUGAUUACAUACAAGAAUUGUACAGAAAGUAUGACGAUAUUGAAGACUGUCCAGCGGCACCGCCAAAACCCUCAUGGUGUUUAGAGAAUAAUAUUGAUAAUGAUGACGACGAAAUUGGCGAAGCAAGUCAAUCGAAUUAUGAGGAUAGUGGUGUACCAUCAUCUGAUAGAAAAAGAAAAAGGGAACAUUUUCAUAAAAAUCCCGUUUUCAUGGACGGCGUUCCCGGUGUCACGCCAAUAAUGAAUUUUCAAAUUGUCAGCGGAAUACAGAGGCACAUUCAGGAUAUUUGCGGUUGGACAGAUUCUGGAUUUCCAGGAUGUCAACCAGUCUCCAUGGAUGUUGAUAAUAUUUCAAUGCUAAACAGAAAGCCCUAUCGAAUGUCUUGGAAAGCUGACGGAACCAGAUACUUGAUGUUAAUUCAAGGUGAUGGUCAAGUUUAUUUCGCUGAUCGAAAUUUUAGUAUUUUCGAGGUUUCUGGACUGCGUUUCCCUCAUCCGAGGGACCCGAAGAGAAUGCUUCGUGAUACUUUACUCGAUGGGGAGAUGGUGAUAGAUGUCGACAAAUCGGACGGCAGAAAAUACCCGCGUUAUUUAGCCUACGAUGUGAUAAUGUACGACGGUAAGGACGUGAGCAAAGAGCCAUUCGAUCCUGUACGCUACAAUAUCAUUGAGAGAGACAUAAUUGCCGGUCGUAUACGCGCCUUCAAAGAGGGACGAAUGAACAAGGAUCGCGAGCCAUUUUCAGUGCGUCGUAAAAAUUUCUAUGAAUUAAAUUGGACAGCGAACAUUCUUGGGGAAAAAUUUGCAAAACAAUUGUCUCAUGAACCCGAUGGUCUUAUAUUUCAACCAGCCAAGGAGCCCUACAUAACAGGACCAUGUCCCGAAGUGCUAAAAUGGAAACCACUUUCAUUGAAUUCAGUUGAUUUUAAAUUGAAAGUCACCAAGGAGGAAGGAUUGGGCAUUCUGCCAAGAACAAUUGGACUACUUUAUGUCGGUGGACAUAGUGUUGAAUUUGCACGAAUGAAAGUUAAUAAGCAAAUGAAAGAAUUGAACAAUAAAAUAAUUGAGUGUAAAUUUGAGAAUAAUGAAUGGAUUUUUAUGCGCGAGAGAACGGAUAAAUCGUUUCCAAAUUCAUAUAAGACUGCAAUGGCAGUGUGUCAAUCGAUUAUUCAUCCAGUAACUAAAGAGAAAUUAUUAGACUUCAUUCAAAAAUAUCAAUUUCAAGAUGACGCUGAUUUAAUGCCACCGCCAAAUAGAGCUAGGUGACAAUAAUAAUAACAAAACAAAAAAAAACAAAAAAACAAGCGUCCUUGGCAAUUUAUUGAUUUGAAAAAUUCUGUAUUGUAAUUACAAAUUGAUUUGUUCUUCAUUUUAAGGUAUAUAUAUUUAUAGAAAUUUGUAUACCAGUGGAUCUUACACUAAUAAAUUGAACUUUUGUUUAGUUGAUACUAAA